AUGGAUGGUAGACUCUCAGCCUCUCUCGGCCUCCCCGCACCCAAUCAAAACCACCACACUCAGUCGUCCAAUGACUUCCUCAACCUCUUCACCCAUUUCAUCACUCCAAAUCCCCAAACUGCCCUCACCUCUACCCAAAACCAGAUCCCAUUCUUUGCCUCCACCACCUCCUCCACCCUCAAUUGGGCCUCCAUUACCCGACCCAGUACCCGCCCCAAGACCCAAAUCCUACUCAAGAACCUAACCGUCUUCGAGCGCGCUCUCAUCGGCGCAGGCGGCGGAGGCAUAGCCGGAGCCUUCACCUACUUCUGCCUCCAUCCUCUGGACACCAUUAAGACCAAGCUCCAGACCAAGGGCGCCUCAGACAUUUACGCAAACACCUUCGAUGCAGUUUUCAAGACCUUCCAAACCAAGGGCAUUUCGGGGUUUUACAGCGGCAUCUCCGCCGUCAUCGUCGGCUCCACCGCCUCCUCCGCCGUCUACUUCGGCACCUGCGAACUGGGUAAGUCGGUUCUCUCCAAAUUACCCAAUUACCCUCCCGUUCUCAUCCCUCCCACGGCCGGAGCCAUGGGCAACAUAGUCUCUUCCGCGAUAAUGGUGCCCAAGGAGCUCAUCACGCAGCGGAUGCAAGCCGGGGCCAAAGGGAGGUCGUGGCAGGUGCUGCUCAAGAUCCUUGAAAACGACGGCUUUCUGGGUCUUUACGCAGGGUACUCUGCCACAUUGCUUAGGAACUUGCCUGCGGGCGUGCUGAGCUAUUCGUCGUUCGAGUACCUGAAAUCGGCGGUGCUGAGCAAGACGAAGCAGACCAAUUUGGAGCCGAUACAGAGCGUGGUGUGCGGGGCGUUAGCCGGAGCAAUAUCGGCCUCCAUUACGACGCCACUUGAUGUGGUGAAGACGAGGCUGAUGACUGGUGCGGCGCAGGGCGGGGUUUCGGGGACGGUGAAGCAGAUUUUAAUGGAGGAGGGGUGGGUGGGGUUUACGAGAGGAGUGGGACCCAGAGUUCUUCACAGCGCUUGCUUUUCGGCAUUGGGUUACUUUGCUUUCGAGACUGCCAGGCUUGCCAUUCUGAAUCAGUAUAUUAAGAGGAAGGAGCUGCAGCAGAUGCAAGAUUUCGGUGUCAAUGUUGGUGUUGGUGUUGCUUCCACUUGAUGAUUUCAUGUAUUCAUUUGGUGAAAUCCUCUCUUUAUCCCUUUUUUCGAUUUUUUGUUUCAUUUUGACAUUGUCUAGAAGUAGAAGGGAUGAUGAUGCUUACCACCUUACUUAUCACCUUUAGAUGAGUUUAAAUUUUGAGAUAUAUUUAGUGGAUAGACAUAAAUUUCAAAAUUUAAACUCUAUCCCAAGUUGUAGUUCCAGUUGGAUACUAUAUCAAUAUGCAUAUAUAUGUUUUCCUUC